AUGGAAAGCCAAUUGGAAAUCGUCGAUCAAUUGAAGAAGACAUUAGAGCUUCUUUCAAUGCAGAAGUCUGAGGAUAUUUCGACUGAAAGUUGGGUUAAUACGACCUUGUCAAAUGACCCAGAUCAGUACUACAAAGAUUUUGCUCACAAGUACAUCGACUUCAUCUACGAAAAUCCAACAACUUAUCACACCAUUGAAUAUGCAGCUAAACUUCUAAAGGAUUCUGGAUUUACUUACGUCAACGAAAAGGAUAACUGGAACGACCAUGUUGAGAAGUAUGGUAAAUAUUUCACUGUUAGAAACGGUACCAAUCUGGUGGCGUUUGUAAUGGGUAAGAACUGGAAACACGUUAACGGUGUUGGUGCCAUUGGGACUCACAUCGAUUCAUUGGCUGCCAAGCUGAAGCCUGCUUCCAUCAAGGAGAGUGUCGAAGGGUUCCAAACAUUGGGUGUUGCCCCAUAUGGUGGAAGCUUGAACGAAUUAUGGUUUGACAGAGACCUCGGUUUGGGGGGCCGUGUUCUAUAUAAGAAGGAGAACUCCAGCAAGAUCGAACAGAAACUGGUCGAUUCUACCCCUGCACCAAUUGCCAGAAUUCCAAGUUUGGCACCACACUUUGGGAAGCCUGCUGAAGGUCCUUUCGACAAGGAAGAUAAGGCUGUCCCAGUAAUGGGUUACUGUCCUAUUGAGAACUGUCAACAAUGGCAGGCGACCGAUGAGGAGAAGAAGUGCCCACUAUACGGUAAGCACUCCAUGCAAGUGCUAAGAUACGUAGCAAAGAUGGCCAAUAUCAAGGUUUCCCAGAUUGUUCAACUUGAUUUGGAUCUGUUUGACGUCCAAAAGGGUGUCAUCGGUGGUAUCAACAACGACUUCCUGAUUGCUCCAAGAAUGGAUGACAAGCUGUGCAGUUUUGCCGCCCUUUGGUCGUUGGUUGAAUUCGCCAAGGAUGUCAAUCCUGAGGACUUGGAUACUUUCUCUGUUCUAGGUUUGUUCGACAACGAGGAGGUCGGUUCUUUGACUAGACAAGGUGCCAGAGGUGGCUUCAUGGAAAAGACCAUUGAGCGUGCAGUGUUUUACCACUCUGACGAGUUGACACCAAACUGUCUCAGUGCUAUGUACUCGAACUCUAUCAUCCUAUCUGCGGAUGUCAACCACAUGUUCAAUCCCAACUUUGCUGAAGUGUAUAUGAAGAAUCACUCUCCAAAGCCAAAUGUCGGUGUGACUCUAUCCUUGGAUCCAAACGCCCACAUGGCCACCGAUACAGUUGGUCUUGCCUUUGUGGAAGAGCUUGCUCGCAAGAAUGGUGACAAGGUGCAGUACUUCCAAAUCAAGAACAACUCCAGAUCUGGUGGCACUGUUGGCCCAUUCCUAGCUGCGCAAACGGGUGCCCGUACCAUUGACUUGGGUAUCGCCCAGUUGGCCAUGCAUAGCAUCAGAGCCACUACUGGUUGCAAGGAUGUUGGUCUCGGCAUCAAGUUUUUCCAAGGUUUCUACAAGGAAUGGAGAUCUGUGUAUGACAACUUCGGUGAGUUGUAA